AUGAAGUUGUUAAAAUUUUUGCUUCGUUACUUUCCGCCAGGCCUUGCCUUGGAGUACACGCAGGGUCAAGACGUCAAGACCAAAAUGAUCGAUCUUCUGGAUUUGUCUGCUGAAACGGACAUAAGAGCAUUAGCGGAGAGCAUAAAAGCAGCCGAGCCCGUAAUAACCGAAAAUGUAAUGGAGCAGUUAGUGGAGACCCUGCAGAAGUUGCAGGCCAAAGUUUGCGACACAAACACGAAGCGCUACUACAAAUACAAAACGUUGCAUACCCAUCUUCUGCCUCUUACGAAUGUCGCGUUCGAUAAACUAGGUAAAAGAUGCCUGACAGGCAGCUAUGACCGAACAUGUAAAGUUUGGGACAUUGACAAUGGAACGGAGCUUCUUACUCUCGAAGGCCAUCAGAAUGCGGUGUACACCGUGUCCUUCAACAACACAACUUCAGACAAAAUCCUAACUGGUUCGUUCGACAAAACUGCAAAGGUUUGGUGCUCUCGAAUAGGUCACUGCCUGCAAACAAUGUGGGGUCACGAUGCUCAAGUAGUUGUCGCAAAAUUCUCACCUAACAAUAGCAAAGUUGCCACAGGUUCGAUGGAUAUGACGUCGAAAAUUUUUCAACUAGCCACCGGUGACGAAAUGGGAACGCUAAGGGGUCACACGGCAGAAAUAGUCGCUCUACAUUUCAAUAACGAUGGAAGUCAAAUAAUAACAGGCUCGUUCGACGGUACUGUCAGUGUUUGGGACACAAGGACAUUUGGCCGUACAAGCGUGUUGAUCGGUCAUCGAUCAGAACUGUCGAACUGCGUCUACAAUUUCGACUGCUCGUUAAUCGCCUCGUCGUCGAUGGACAAAACGGUCAAAGUCUGGGACACGAGGAUGAACUCCUGCUUGGCCACUCUGCGAGAACACGAGGACGAGGUACUCGACGUGACCUUCGACAAUAACGGGAAAAAGUUGGCGACCGCGAGCAGUGACACUACCGCUCGUGUUUGGGAUGUGAGCACCAAUUUUCAGCAGUUGGCAUUGAUGAAAGGUCACCGGGAAGAAGUUUCGAAAGGCAAUCCAAGUAGUCAACACCUGUUAACAUCAUCCUCAGACGGAACGUCGAAAUUAUGGUCUGUGAAGAGUGGCUGUUGUAUACAAGUACUUGAUGGUCAUACAGACGACGUUUUCAGCUGUGCUUUUUCGUAUGAUGGCGAUACUAUUAUCACCGCGAGCAAGGAUAACACUUGCAUGAUUUGGAGGUGA